AUGAAAAGAGGGCUUUCUUCAGGAUCAAGCAGAGAUAACCUAAUUAAUACCGUAUAUAAACUACAUCGAACACGGCAACGUAUCCUUGAACCGUACAGGUUGUUAAAAAACGCCCUUAAACAGUUGCAGGAGGACUAUUUGCAAUCGAAAGCUGCUAAUCCGAUCAUGCGAUAUAUGAAACUACAGCAAAGUGUUCGAGAUGUUAUUAUAAUAGAAAAACAAUACUGGAAACUGGUAGAUUUGCCUAAGCAAAAUGGUGCUGAAGAAUCAAAUGAUUACGUCGUAAGAAUUGUUGAAUUACUCGAAGAAACCACACCGCGACAACUAGCAGCGGGAAUCGGAGCCCUUUUAAGCGCAACAGUGGGUCGAAGCACCGAGGUUCGACUCGAUCAGAACCUUUAUGAUUCCAUUAAAGGUCGAAAGACGGAAGAACUACAAAAGGACUGCGAAGACUUGUAUGCACAGCUGUAUAAAUUGAUAAGAAAGUAUCAAGGUCUCAGAAAGAUUGUCAAGGUCCUAAAUGAUAAAUACGAUGCAUCUCGAUUAUAUCCAAUCAUUCCACGAUAUCCCAUUCUUAAGAAAAUGACUAAAUCAGCUUUACGAGCACCUGAAUUCGCAGAUAUUUGUCACGAACAACUGGAAUAA